GUAUAAGAGGCCGCGAUGUGGGCGGAGUGCAGCAUUCUCUCUCAAAGUGUUUGUGAGAUUGUGACUAUGUCUGGAAGGGGAAAGGGCAGUGGGAAAAGUCGCGCCAAGGCGAAGUCUCGAUCGUCCCGGGCUGGCCUGCAGUUCCCGGUGGGCCGUGUUCACAGGCUCCUGAGAAAGGGUAACUAUGCUGAGCGUGUGGGUGCCGGAGCGCCGGUCUAUCUGGCUGCGGUGCUGGAGUAUCUGACGGCUGAAAUCCUGGAGCUGGCCGGCAACGCGGCCCGGGACAACAAGAAGACCCGCAUCAUCCCCAGGCACCUGCAGCUGGCCGUGCGCAACGACGAGGAGCUCAACAAGCUGCUGGGAGGGGUGACCAUCGCUCAGGGCGGGGUGCUGCCUAAUAUCCAGGCCGUGCUGCUGCCCAAGAAAACCGGCUCUGCGGCAGCCGCUAAAAAGUGAAGAGCCCUUUCUUGA